AUGGAAAGCCGCAAGCAGGUCGGUAACACGCGCGUGACUAUUGGAGCAUGCAAAGAACGAACGACACUCAAAUUGGAAUCAUUAGAAGACGCGGUAGUACUCGACGAUCCUCAAGAAGAUCUCCUUCAAGACAAAAGAGGUUGUCCCGCUUACGUCUCACCCGAGAUCCUGAGAGCUCAUAGGACGUACUCGGGGAAGGCCGCAGAUAUGUGGUCGCUCGGCGUUAUUCUCUACACAAUGCUCGUAGGAAGGUAUCCGUUUAACGACUCCGAGCAUGCGUCUCUAUUCGCAAAGAUCUCCCGGGGUUACUUCGUGGUUCCGGAAUGUUUGUCGUCGCGAGGUAAAUGUCUGAUACGUUCUCUGCUACGGCGAGAGGCGUGCGAACGCCUGAGUGCAAGGGACGUGUUGAGGCACCCGUGGUUGGCGAGAGAUCCUCGCAACGAGCUCCCGCCACGCGCCGCUGCUUCGCAGGACCGUCUCGUGCCCGACGUCGAAAUGGACGUAGACUGCGUCUAA